AUGUUGGGUCUUCUAACCAAAAGCAAGCAGCUUCUCUUCCCUACGGGAAUCAUGCAUGGCUUCUUUGCAAGAAGUCUUGUCCAGGCCCCCACCCUGACCAUCUACAAGCCUCUUCCGAAGAAAAGAAACGGCAUGUCAGCUACCAAGUACUUGCAUCAACAACUCUUGAAAAAGUUCGACCCACUUGGCAAGAGAAGUCAACUCGUCGAUCCACAUACCGGUGUUCGUGCUGGUGAUGUCGUGAAAGUCACCUAUAAUGAUCGUUCUACUGUGCAUGGUCGUGUCUUGGGUGUGAAAAGAGGUAAGGACAACUUGGGAACCAACAUUCUCAUCAGAAAUAGAAUCACUAAAUUGGGAUGUGAGGUUCGUAUCCCUGUGUUCAACCCCAAAGUGGCCAACAUUGAGAUUGUCGACAAGCCAGAGACCUACUUGUCUAGAAGCAAGCACUUCUAUGUUCGUAACACUAAACACGAUGUUGGUGAUGUUGAGGCAAUGUUGAAGAAGAAGCUGGAGGAAUCCAAAGCUAAGAAGGCCAAUUAA